AUGGCUUGUAAGAGAGUUGAUAUCUCUAUUUUGGUUGUGGAUGAUGAUGAAACUUCUUGGCCAUCGUUGCUAAUGUACUCAUCUCAUGGGAGUAUAAAGGAUGUUGCAAUAUCAUCAUUGACUGAGCCUAAGAGAAAAAGAAAGUAUAGUAAGAGAAAGAGAACUCAAACGAACAAGGAAGAGAGCUCCUUUCCUAUUCCAAAGAAACCAAAGAUUGUUUGGACAACAUACCUUCACAAUCUGUUUCUGCUUGCCAUAAAACAAAUUGGAUUUGAAAGGGCCGUGCCAAAGAAAAUUCUCGAAAUCAUGAAUGUGCCAAACUUGACAAGAGAAAAUAUUGCCAGUCACUUGCAGAACUAUCGCAUUUUCCUGAGAAAAGUUGCAGAAAGAGGAAUAAUUGAGGGCUUAUCUGAGAGGACUCUAAGGUCAAGGUUUGGUUCUGGGCUUUCAGCUUUAAUGAUCAAAGAAAUCCAAACAAGAACAGAGAAACUAUGUGUUCCUGGGCAACAAUAUUUGAAAAGAUUAGCACAUCAAAAAGGAAUCAAAGAGAUUGUCAAUGAUGUUCAUGAUAAACAAGUUUCAAGAAGUGCUUAUAAUAUGCCCUCGACAAGUUUCAACAUGGGAUCUUUGAGCACCUCUAAUCUGCCCUCGACUUGUACUUCUUAUCUUAGCAGUAACUCCUCUGUAGUUCAACUGAAUGGUGGAUCAAAAACUGUUGGGACUGGGAACAAUGAUAGUUUUGGCUUGAUUAAUGAGACUCAAAAUGCAAAUAUGGAUGUAGCAAACUUGGGGAAUGUAAAUUUUGGUUUGGUACAAAGAGGGCUUGCUUCUACUUCUGGUUCUAAUGUUGGGAAUGAUUUUAUAAGUGAGCUUCCAACAACAUUGAUGACUAAUGGAACUCGAGAAGAAAAUAUUCCAGGGAUCCCACAAUUACCUCAGCAACUAGAUGACAAUGUUGUAGAAAAUGAGCAUAAAUAUAAUGCCACUUCAAUAUGUGAUAAUGAGAUCAUCAGCAGCCAACUGGAAGACGAUCUUUCUGAGCUUUUCUUGAUGGUAGAUGAUAUGCAACUUCUUAAUAAUGAGACAGAAGAGAACCCUGAUGCAAGUGAAUUUUUAAAUUCUGACUUUUCUAGCUCUAGUCAGGUUGUGCAAUCAUUUGAGCAGUCUAAUAGUAGAGCUGGUGAUGAUGUCAUUGUGUUGCCAACUAAAGACACAUUAAACUUUCCAAACGAGUCUUCAACAAGCUCUGACAAAAAUUCUAUUCAGAUGCAAGGCAACGAGGAAUCUGGGGACUGGGAACACUUUGAUAGGUUCUUAGUGGACAAUGUUUCUUCAGCAAUUAACUCAACUUCUGAGCAGGAUUGGGAUAUGGACAUCAUUGAAGCUUUGUUUGGUACCGAUGUAAAUUAA